CUGGGAGCCUCAUCAAGCACGUCCUUUACAUCAAACACUGAAAAAGCCCACGAUUUGUCAUCAUCGUUCUCAAACUUCAGAGUCUCUCUCAAAAGUCUUAACAAUGGCAUCAACUUUUCUCUCACCAUACUACUUUCUCUUCUGUCUCUACCUCCUCUUUUCUACUGCAUCACCAUCAAAGACAUCAUCUUUAACCGCCAACUUAUCGCCAACGGCACAAGCAGAGAUGCUCAUUAAAGGGCUCAACUUGCACCCCAAAGAAGCUGUCAAUAUUAGAACUAGAGACAAAGAUUCUUCUUCUUUGGCUUCUGAUGGGAAGAUCGUUGAGAUGCGCUUUGAGCUCCCAGUUCUUGGCGAUUCGGGGUCAUCCGUUCAGGACCUCGGUCACCAUGCCGGGUAUUACCCACUUCCGCACUCCUAUGCAGCAAGGAUGUUCUACUUCUUCUUUGAAUCACGGAACAGCGCAAAUGACCCGGUGGUCAUUUGGUUAACCGGAGGGCCUGGAUGUAGCAGUUCAUUGGCACUGUUCUAUGAGAAUGGCCCUUUCCAUAUUGCCAACAACUUGUCUCUUGUGUGGAAUGAUUAUGGUUGGGACCAGGCAUCGAAUCUCAUCUUCGUUGAUCAGCCUACUGGAACUGGUUUCAGUUACUCCACUGACGAGCGUGACAUUCGACAUGAUGAGCAAGGUGUCAGCAAUGACUUAUACGACUUCUUGCAGGCGUUCUUUGCAGCGCAUCCUCAACUUGUCAAGAACGAUUUUUACAUAACCGGAGAAUCAUACGCUGGGCACUACAUUCCUGCUUUUGCUGCUCGUGUUCAGCAAGGGAACAAGGCAAAGGAAGGAAUUCACAUAAACUUUAAGGGGUUUGCAAUUGGCAAUGGCCUAACCAAUCCUGAGAUCCAGUAUGAAGCAUACACAGAUUAUGCUCUAAACAUGAAGUUAAUCACAGAGUCCGAUCAUGACAACAUAAACACAAUGCUCCCAGAAUGCAAACAGGGGAUUAAACAGUGUGAUACCAAGGGCGGAGAUGCCUGUGAGUUAGCAUCGACCGAUUGCAACAGUAUUUUCAAUAAGAUCCUGAACAUUGCAGGGAACAUAAAUUACUACGACAUACGAAAGAGCUGUGAGGGGCCCCUGUGCUACGACUUCUCGAACGUGGAGACACUCCUGAACCAAAAGAAGGUGAGAGAUGCUUUAGGGGUCGGGGAUAUAGAGUUUGUGUCGUGCAGCAGCACUGUGUCCAAUGCGAUGAGCCAGGAUCGGAUGAAGAAUCUCGCAGAGGGUAUCCCCGCACUUCUUGAGGACGGGCUGAAGGUGCUCAUUUAUGCCGGUGAAUAUGAUCUCAUCUGCAAUUGGCUUGGAAACUCCAGGUGGGUUAAUGCCAUGCGGUGGUCUGGUCAAAAGCAGUUUGGGACAUCCCCAACUGUUCCAUUUGUCGUUGCUGGUGCCGAGGCAGGACUGAUGAAAAGCCAUGGACCACUUACUUUCUUGAAGGUUCAUAACGCUGGGCACAUGGUUCCAAUGGAUCAGCCGAAAGCUGCUCUACAAAUGCUAAAGAGCUGGAUGGCGGGCAAAGUCACCCUGGCUGGUGCAGAUAGCGGGACUAAUAAUUAAUGAGAAGAGAGUGCCCCCAGUAUCCCAACAUCUGAAUCUUGUUCAUAUCCAGAAUACAAGAUACAAGAUGAGUCCAAGUAAAAUGGAGACGAAAGGUGAAGAAUAAAAGAGUUUCAUUCGUUCAAGUUCAUCCAAC